AUGGAAAAUCACUACACAUCGGGUAAUUAUAACUUUGGUAUGGGUUGUGUAGGCUCAAAAACUCCGUCGGAGAUAAGGAAGGAUUUUGACUUCGCCGGCCAACAAGAAAAUGUUGCAUCAACGGAAUCAAUGUCAGACUCUCAAUUUCCACCAUAUUCAACACAACGUGGGGUGGAUAACAUUACUCUCACCAAUGAGGCGAUGGAAGAAUCUGAUUAUAAACGCGUUCCAUGGAGUGUGGAUGAUGACAAGAUGCUUGCAAGUGUUUGGCUCACAAUUUCUAAUUGUAGCAUUGUGGGUAAUUCUCAAAAUAAUGAGAGUUUCUGGAAACGAGUCACGGACUGCUUUAACGAGAAUCGGCAAUUUGGACCGCCAAGAAAAUAUAAAGCUGUGAAAUCACAUUGGCAUUGGUUGAGUCGAAUGGUCAAUGAAUUCAACCAAUACUACAACAAAUUGGUUGGAGAACAUCAUAGCGGAUGGAAUGAUGAUCAGAUCAAACAAUAUGCACGAGAGCUUUUUCACCAGAAUAAGAAUAAGCAUUUUUUACAUGAACAUGUAUGGGUGUUGUUGAAAAAUGAUCCGAAAUGGAAAGCAAAUACUCCUAUGCAACGUUCUUCAAAAAAUGUAAGGAUUGAUGAAAACGGGGCAUACACUUCUUCAUCCAAUGCGGAUUCAAGUUUCGACAUCGAUGACAGUGAAGUACGUGAAGUUCGUCCACUUGGUCAAAAAGCAGCAAAGAAGGGAAAGAGAAAGGGAAAAUCAAAAAAGAAUGAGCAAGACGUAGGUGGAGAACUGAGUCAAAUCCGGAUCAUGUUGAAAGAGCACAAAGAAGAAAAAUUGCAAGCUAUGGAAAACUUAGCAAAUAAGUUAGACAAUUAUAAUUUCCGAAGUGAUUAUGAAAUCCUAUUGAAGGAUACCACAGGCAUGUCCGAGCAGCAGCUUAAAAUUCAUGAGCAUAUGUGUUCCAUCCUAAAAGCCAAGUAUAAUAUUUCUUAG